GACGGUAGCCGUAGGCACAAUGGGAUCGUACACAACAUGCCAUAUUCCCAGCACUGUCCUGAACGUCCGCGUUGUAGUCACGUAUCAACAUGAAGCGCUGUCUGCCUCUUGCAGGGCGCCAUACUUGCCAACGACAAGCAUCGCGACUUCGCGUUGCGUCGCCCUACACUCCAGCCUGUAGACCACCGCCACCAUCCCCACAAUCGCAACAGCAGCGAUGGAGUUCCGUAUCGCAGAAGCCGGGGUCUGAUCGAGUGCACUUUCCAGGAGCCGUCAACUCCAGAUUCACCACUUCAUUGGACUUUGCUCGCGCUACCGAGGACGAUGCCAUGCCAACAUUCCGCAUCCUGGACCAGGAAGGCCGCGUGCUGGACAAGUCUCAGGAGCUAGACAUCAGUGACGAAGAAGUGAUUCGAUUGUACACCGACAUGGUCAGCGUGUCGAUUAUGGAUCUCAUCAUGUUCGAUGCUCAGCGCCAAGGCCGGAUCAGCUUCUACAUGGUGUCGGCGGGCGAGGAGGGUAUAGCGGUAGGGAGUGCCAACGCCCUACAUCCCAAUGAUCCCAUCUUUGCACAGUACAGAGAGACUGGCAUUUUUCAACAUCGCGGCUUUACCUUCGACGACUUCAUGGCACAGCUUUUCGCCACAAAGGACGAUGCUGGCCUAGGGCGAAAUAUGCCCGUGCAUUAUGGUAGCACCAAGUAUAAAAUCCACACGAUCAGCAGUCCUCUCGCCACACAAAUUCCUCAUGCUUCCGGUGCCGCGUAUGCGGUCAAGAUGCAGAAUCAACAGAAUCCCAAGGAUGACCCUCGUGUAGUGGCAUGCUAUUUUGGAGAGGGAGCGGCCUCAGAGGGCGAUUUCCACGCCGCUUUGAACAUCGCGGCAACGAGAGCCUGCCCUGUCUUGUUCAUUUGCCGCAAUAAUGGAUACGCCAUCAGUACUCCGACGCUGGAGCAGUACCGAGGUGAUGGUAUAGCGUCGCGAGGUGUGGGUUACGGCAUUGAUACCAUCCGAGUCGAUGGAAAUGACAUCUUCGCCGUUCGAAAGGUAACGCAAAUGGCCCGUGAGCUGGCGCUUCAAGAUGGUGGCAGGCCAGUCUUGAUAGAAGCAAUGAGCUACCGAGUUUCACAUCACAGCACUUCGGAUGACUCCUUUGCUUAUCGCGCAAAAGUGGAAGUGGAGGAUUGGAAGCGACGAGACAAUCCGAUCACCCGGCUGCGAAAGUGGAUGGAAGGUAAAGGCAUCUGGGACGAGGAGAAAGAGAAAGAGUUGCGUACCGCAACGAGGAAAAAUGUUUUGACCGCCUAUCGCAAAGCAGAAAAGGAGAAGAAGCCUGCACUUGGCUCACUUCUCAGCGAUGUGUAUGCGGAGCCCACAGCGGAAUUGAAGGAACAGGCGGCAUCGUUGAAGCGAGUGAUUGAAAAGUACCCCAACGAGUAUGAUGUGUCUGAGUACGACGGCGGCCUUGAAGGCUUGAAAUUAGAGCGGACAAAAUAAUCAGAGAUCAUCAAAGCCAAGCUGGCCAACAGUGCCCAAGAAACCUCCUGUACCCGUCUGCUCAGCAUCCUGUUGAUGAAGUAAUGCGUCCACGUCGACGUUUCCCGAUGUCAAAUACUUUUCACUCACGCCGACAUUGACUCGUUGCUUGAGAAGAGCUUUCAAUUCCGCCUUCAUAGCACCCAUCUCG